AUGUCAUCACAGCCUUCAAGAACUUAUCAGCAGUCAAUGUCUAGUAGUUCUAAUCCAAUCUCGCAUCCUCAUCCAGAAAGCCCAUCUUUCUAUUGGCAAUCCGGAACUGCGCAUCCUUCCAACUACAACUACAACGGUUCACAUCCAUUUGGUGUUGAUCGCAAUCAUCGCUCUUUGAUAGAGCCAAACCCUGGAGACAAUGGUCAUAUCAUAGGGAACGGUUUGCCUUUGCGUAUUGAUCAAUGUGCCUUGCAUCGCAAUGCUUCUAACAGCAACCAAAUCGAACAACUUCCAUCUCCUAACGCCUCCCAAUCUUACCAAUUCCUUCAUCAACAAUCACCCGUCGCACCUUGUAAUGAUGACCCACCAAGAUUCUUUUCUCAACCGAUAAAUGUAGACCACCAAAUUGGUGGUAUUACUCCCCAAAAAACCGUCGCAAGCGCAAAUUGA